AUUUCCAAAUUUACAGGCCAUCAGCCAAUCAAAAUCCAAUUUUUUUUUUUUUUUUUACAGAUGGACUGAAACUCAAAAGGAUGGUGGCAGGAAUGGUUACCAGAAACAUGAAAGCCAGACCAGCAGCAAGGCAAGCCGCGAAUGCGUACAUUCUCUGCACCAAUGAGGGAACAAGACCCAUCUGAAUCUUCCUCCAAAAAGCUCUCUCCCCUGUCGCCAUCCUCAUCCCCUGCUAUGAACUGCUUCAAUUUCCUCAUCUUUCUCAGCUCAGCUUGCUCUGCGAUUUCCUUUUCUUAUCAGUCGAUCAAAAAAUGAAAAAACCAGAAUCUUACAGAGUUGAGGGGCACGCGCCGCGCACUUCCUCUGUUAAUUCUACGUUCGAGUGAAAUUAUUGGUUAGCCCCUGAACUUUUACUAGUUUACGAUUCCAAUCAGUAAACUUAGAUUUUGGUCAUAGAAAUAGUAAUGGGCAAUACUGCACCGUUUCGGUGCUAUCUCCGUCAAAUGAGAAACGGAAUCGGAAAGGAAAACAAUUAUCUGAGAUACUUCGUCGGUCCCCGGAGCCGAUUCACUAAUUCGACUGCGAGUAGAGUAGUCCGCAGCGAGAAAACCCUAACAUCCAUUGAUAUAGCUCUGCAGAAGGAGACCUAGCUGGUCGCCGGGGAACUUCUGCUCAGCAAAGAAGAGGAAGCCGGCCGGAGUCAACCAGGGAAGAUGUCUUCCACUCUGCUGGAGACGACUAGGGCGUCUCAUGAGGAAGUUGAGCGGCUGGAGCGGCUGAUAGUGAAGGAGUUCCAGAACGAUCCUACUUCCAGCAAGGACCGUCUCCUGCAGAGCCACCGCGUUCGUAACAUGAUCGAUACGAUUGUCUCUACCAGUCAUAAAUUGGUUGAUAUAUACGAAGAUAAGGAUCAAGCUAGGAAGGAUGAGAUUGCUGCCCUGGGAGGCCAGACGGCUAGUGGAACUAAUGUGUUCAGUGCAUUUUAUGAUAGACUGAAAGAGAUUCGUGAAUACCAUAGAAGGCACCCGGCAGCCCGUGUUGUGGACGUGGAUGAGCAGUACGAGGCACUGUUGAAAGAAGAACCUGUCAUUGAGUUUACUGGCGAGGAAGCCCAUGGAAAGUAUCUUGACUUGCAUGAACUAUACAACCAGUACAUCAAUGCGAAGUUUGGGAUGCCCCGUAAUGACAAAAAAGAAUCCGAAGACUCGCACAUUGAGUACUCAACUUAUCUCAAUCUUUUCAGUCAACCACAGAAAAUCGACCGGAAACUCAAGUUGACCAUGCAAUACAGGGAAUACACACAGAAUCUUUUGGAGUAUUUGGUCUAUUUUUUCCAACGUACAGAACCAUUGCAAGAUCUUGAUAAAAUCUUCUCAAAGGUGUGUAUUUGGAGGCAUCUGCUUAAACUAGGUGGUUACUUUGAUUUCUUCAUGAUAUUGACUCGGUCUCUUCAGUCCCACACUUCUCUAACAUUCUACUGUCUUAAACAGGUUGUAACUGAAUUUGAAGAGCAGUGGAAAGAUGGGAAGGUACCUGGAUGGGGGGGAGGUCAGGAAAAUGGGCCUGUUCCGGCUCAAGACACCUCAAUUGAUCUUGAUUAUUACACCACAGUAGAAGAGCUGAUGCAAGUGGGUCUUGAAAAAUUGAAGGAAGCAUUGGCUUCAUUGGGAUUAAAGACUGGAGGCACUCUUCAGCAGCGUGCAGAAAGACUUUUCCUCACAAAGCACACUCCUCUGGAAAAAUUGGAGAAGAAGCAUUUUGCCAAAGGUUCACGAUUACCAGUACAGAAUGGAGCUGCUGCUUUGAAGGAGAACAUCAACUCAAAGGAAGUUGCUUUGAUGGAGGCCAAAGUCAUCAAACUGUGUACCUUAUUGAGUGAGACAAUCGAAAGGACAAAAGAGAAUGUUGAGAAGAAGCAGGCUUUGACAUACGAGGAAAUGGAAUCAGAACGUCAGGAGGAGGAGAUGCAAGCAGAAAGUGAAAGUGACGAUGAUGACCAACAAAUUUACAACCCUCUCAAGUUGCCCAUGGGUUGGGAUGGAAAGCCUAUCCCAUACUGGCUGUAUAAGCUUCACGGUCUCGGCCAGGAAUUCAAGUGUGAGAUCUGUGGUAACUACAGUUACUGGGGCCGUAGAGCUUAUGAGCGGCACUUCAAGGAGUUUAGGCAUCAACAUGGGAUGCGUUGCCUAAACAUUCCAAACACCAAGAACUUCAACGAGAUCACAUCCAUUGAAGAAGCAAAGGAGUUAUGGAAAAGGAUUCAAGCCCGACAAGGAAUAAAUAAGUGGCGCCCGGAUCUUGAAGAAGAGUACGAGGACAAGGAAGGCAACAUCUAUAACAAGAAGACCUUCACCGAUCUGCAGCGUCAGGGUUUGAUCUGAGUCUGACUAUGCCCUGCCUGUGGAAGAAACUUGGCUGUGCUGCUCUUCUAUUGUACCAACUUUUGCUUCUCAUUGUUUGUUAACCACCUCAGCCAACCACUUUGUAAUGAUCUAUUGUUAGCUACAGCUGUAGAAUUUCCUGUGUAUUUCUGAAACCCAAGUUUUGGUACAAAACUUGCCAUAAAAAGAAGAAAAUAGUUUUGGUACGAGACUUAGUUUCAUCCUCUCUUCUUCUUCCUUCAUUUUCGUAACAUCUACUGUCCAGGCUUAUUGUGUAUGGAUUAUGCAGAAGUCUGUCCUCGAAAUUUUGCCAGCAAUGUUGGCAUGAAAGUUCAGCCGGGAUGCGAAUGGUCAUAGUCCCGUUUCUAGUUCAA